ACAGGAAAAGGAAUGAAGAAAAUGAGCAACAUCUAUGAAUCAGCAGCUAAUACCCUGGGAAUCUUUAACAGCCCAUGCCUGACAAAAGUGGAGCUGCGGGUUGCAUGCAAAGGCAUAUCAGACAGGGAUGCCCUCUCAAAACCAGACCCUUGUGUCAUCCUUAAAAUGCAGUCGCAUGGUCAGUGGUUUGAGGUUGACAGGACAGAAGUGAUUCGAACCUGUAUAAAUCCCGUCUUCUCCAAGCUUUUCACGGUGGACUUCUAUUUUGAAGAGGUGCAGCGGCUGCGAUUUGAAGUCCAUGACAUUAGCAGCAAUCACAAUGGGCUGAAGGAAGCAGAUUUUCUUGGUGGCAUGGAAUGCACUCUUGGACAAAUUGUUUCUCAGAGGAAACUCUCCAAGUCCUUACUCAAACAUGGGAACACAGCAGGGAAGUCAUCUAUAACAGUGAUAGCUGAGGAAUUGUCUGGCAAUGACGACUACGUUGAACUUUCAUUCAGUGCACGGAAAUUGGAUGACAAGGAUUUUUUCAGCAAAUCUGAUCCCUUUCUGGAGAUUUUCCGGAUGAAUGAUGAUGCAACCCAACAACUUGUUCACAGGACUGAGGUUGUGAUGAAUAACUUAAAUCCAGCCUGGAAGACCUUUAAAGUGUCUGUAAAUUCUCUGUGCAGCGGAGACCAGGAUCGUAGGCUAAAGUGCAUAGUUUGGGACUGGGAUUCCAACGGAAAACAUGACUUCAUUGGAGAAUUUAGCUCAACUUUCAAGGAAAUGCGAGGGGCUAUGGAAGGGCGACAGGUACAAUGGGAAUGCAUUAACCCCAAGUACAAAGCAAAGAAGAAGAGUUACAAGAACUCAGGCAUCGUUAUCCUUAACCAGUGCAAGAUCCACAAGAUGCAUUCUUUCUUAGAUUAUAUAAUGGGAGGCUGCCAAAUACAGUUUACAGUAGCUAUAGAUUUCACUGCGUCAAAUGGUGAUCCUAGGAACAGCUGCUCACUGCACUACAUCCACCCCUAUCAACCCAAUGAGUACUUGAAGGCUUUGGUAGCUGUCGGGGAGAUUUGCCAAGACUAUGACAGUGACAAAAUGUUCCCAGCCUUCGGAUUUGGAGCAAGAAUACCCCCAGAAUACAAAGUCUCCCAUGAUUUCGCAAUCAAUUUCAAUGAAGACAACCCGGAAUGUGCAGGAAUACAAGGUGUUGUGGAGGCUUAUCAGAGCUGCCUUCCAAAGCUGCAGCUCUAUGGGCCAACAAACAUUGCUCCCAUCAUCCAGAAGGUGGCAAAAUCAGCAUCAGAGGAGACCAACACCAAGGAAGCCUCGCAAUAUUUCAUCUUGCUCAUUCUAACGGAUGGCGUCAUCACAGACAUGGCUGACACCAGGGAGGCCAUUGUCCAUGCCUCUCACCUUCCCAUGUCAGUCAUCAUCGUUGGGGUGGGAAACGCCGAUUUUAGUGACAUGCAGAUGCUGGAUGGCGAUGAUGGGAUCCUGAGGUCUCCCAAGGGCGAGCCUGUGCUUCGAGACAUUGUCCAGUUUGUGCCAUUUAGGAACUUCAAACAUGCCUCCCCAGCUGCUCUAGCAAAAAGCGUUUUGGCUGAAGUUCCAAACCAAGUCGUGGACUAUUACAAUGGCAAAGGGAUAAAACCAAAAUGUGUGUCAGAGUACGAGUCUUCCAGGACACUAGCUCCAUGAACCUGCCUGCACUCUUUUACAAAAUCAAAAAAAAAAAAAAGAGAGAGAAAUGCUACUGUCUACAACUACUGUACUUAAAAAUGAAACAAACAAAAAGAAUAGCACGUUUUGGUGAUUUUUAAAACUAAAAUAA